AUGAUUGACGAAAUCGAUUUUGAUAGGAAACAGAGCAAAGAACAUCCACACAAACGACAACCUGUUGAUACUAUUUCCCCGACAGAGGACAAACUUUCCACUUCACUUGAGAAAUCUGAGUCGCUAAUUUCGAAGCCUCCAUCCAGAAAACUUGGCGGCUGGGGGAAAGAAGGGACUGUUCAGGGGAUUUUACAUGGCAGAAGGGCGCAACCACAAUUACCCAAUUCCUCUGGAAUACUCACAUUUAAAGGAGAUUCCGAUUCUGAUGACGAAAUGAAUAUUCCUGUCAUCCCUGACGUUACGGACAAGGAACAACUUCAAUCCAGUCCGCUGACCGCUGAGCCGCCAAAUGUUCCUAUGAGUCGACUCUUGAGCUAUCAAGAACUGAACGCCGAACUCAAACAAGGCGUUGCGUUCCAGCUGCUGGAUAACGAGAUAAAUUUGAAGUUGCUCACAAACUUCUUAAGCCCAGAGUCAGCAGUCCAAGAGAAGGAUGAAAUCUGGGACUGGGAUAGACUAAUUGCUGAUGUUGCUGCAGUUUCAGACAACGUUUAG